GUGCCGAAAAAGGCCAGCGCCGUUGGUUUCUCCAUCAAACAGCGGGGCUUUCUGCAGAACCACCUGGAAACGAUGACUCCGAGCUAAACAGGCUUGGGGCCUUGCUCCACCACUCUCCAGCCGGGGGCAACGUCCCACUUGCACGGAUUAAGAGAUUCUGGCCGUUGAUCUUUGCUAUCUACGGUCAAUAUCGGUUAAUUUGUGUAAGUGGGACCUAGCCGCGGAGGUGAAGAUGAAGAAAAAGUUGCGAUCGGUGCAUUUGUUGGGGGCUUUUGCAGUCAAACCACCAGAAGUUGGCCCAGCUAUCCGUCACGGAAAAAAAUAGAGUAGAAACGUUUCCAGUUGGAUGAAUUUGGGCGCUCCUGUAGUGGCCCGUACGUUUUCUAAAAUCAUGGCUGGUAUACGGGCACGACUCUAGGAAGCACUGGUGGUUUAAGAGGACACACGCCGUGGUUGGAAAAAAGAAAUAUAAUAGGUGCUUCCAGAGCAGCUGCAGAAUCUCCUCCUGGUAGGUCCAGAAUCUCCCUUCUACUGGUUCAUGGAUUUACCUACCUUAGCCCUCAUCACACUACUGAGUGACUACUCUGGUUGCCAUUCAAUAAAUUUGGUGAGGACUUGGAUAACUCAUAAAUUUCAAUUUAAAUGGGUGAGAGCCACAGUGCGCGCACCGUAUAAAUUUGGUAACCCAUUUGGAAAUUUAAAAUGGGGUUGGAGUGGGUGGGCAUUUGGACAAGUUUGGCAAUAGAGUUGCACUUGCUUGCUAAUGAUGUCGCUUGACGAGUGGCGUGGAGUGGACGCUGACGCCCCGCGGAGGGAGACAAGGACUGACAAUUCUGUUUUGAGAAUAAAAAGAGGGAGGAAAACAAAGGAGAAUGGAUGAUUAACCUUAAGGAACCAGUACAUGGGCACCUGGGCCGCAGGUCUGACACCUCAAAUUCUGGCGGCGCGAAACGAAAACGGGGCUGUCGAUCGAAUUUAUCAAUGGCGGGCCCAGCGUUUGACGUUUCGGCCUCGUUUUCUUGUGGCGACAAGUUUCGGACAGCAAGGCUGGGGCCGUGUACUUGUGGCUUAAGGAAGAGCGAGCAGGCCCUCUUUAUCUAAGUCAGGAUCCCAUGGAGGCCACUCCAUCUCACAGCUCAGUGACAACUUGAAUCAUGUGCCUCCGGCAGCCUCCGUGAUUGAUGUGAGUCAUUAUGUGACUUCUUUGCAUCCAAGAAAAUCCCUCUAGUAUGCUGCUAGAACCAUCUUUCCGUUCAUACAGCUGACACUAGAACAGUUGACACUAGAACCACCAUCAAUGUGUGUACCCAAUGGCAUGAACCACCUGCCACAUGGACUAAGUCCGCAUCUAGAUACGUCUAUGAGGACCCCAGAGUCAUCCACCACCGUAUAGACUAGGGCAUGCUUUGGCUAUAAAUGUGUGCACCCAAGGCUCAUGAUCAACCGUAAUCAUACUAUAGACUUGGACAUGCUUGAACUAUAGAUAAGUGCCCCUCACAGUCAUCCACCAUAUAGACUUAAUAACCCAUGUUCGGAUGCUACCACCCAAGGAACAUUGAAUUUCACCAUAAUGUUAUAGACUACGAUAUGAUUGAGCUAUUUUUGAACAAUCACCAUGAUAUAGACUAGAGCAUACUUGAACUAUUGGUUUAGAAGACAUAGCUUGAAACAACUUGAGACCCGAAGGUUUCUUGUGCAUAGUACGAAUAAUUAGAAGUGAACUAAAAACGUUUUUGUUUGGACUCAAGGAAUGCUCUGACGUGAUAGUGGGGACGAUUGGCCGGUACUCGACCUAGUAUAAUCUGACUGUCAGUGAGAGGUAUUUCAAUAUGAAAACAUAGUAGUAUAGUCGAACAUUCACCAUAACAUAGGCUAGGACAUGCCUGAACUAUACUUGAACAUUUGCCGUACAGACUAGUACAUGCUUGAACUAUAGCUGCCUCAACUUGUUUCAAAUUGCGCCUAGGGACUGUCCACCAUAUAGACUAAGUCCAAGCUUGAACAAUAGAUGUUUGCACCUAAGGACUAAUGGUCGGCAACCAGCAUAUAGACUACUGUUUGUAACUAAGGACCCACUAGCAUAUUAUAGACUCAGUUCAUGUUCAGAUCCUACUAGGGCAACAUGCUUGCACUGAACUCAACGUGCGUAACCAAGCGUAGUACCCAAGGAUGAUCCUCCAAGUUAUAGACUACAGUCCAUGUUUGUACUAUGGGAUAGUAGACUAAGUUAUAGACUAAAGUCCAUGUUUGUACUAUGGGAUAGUAGACUAAGUGGGGAUUCAGGGGAAGACAACGGGUGGCCAGGAUUCCGCAGCCACAACUUAGCCUAGCGAUUUUGAAUUCUCAUGUUCUCCACACUGCCCCCAUCCUUCCCUUCACCCCUCAACUGAACCUUUGCCCAGAGUUGCAGCAACGGAUCAGAAGAGUCAGUCUCAACAGAUGCUAAUGUGUGCUGAACAGAAAGGGUUGUCUCAGCAAAAACUGG